AUGGAUCGUCAAGUCAAAGACCAUGUUAGAUUCAACAAUUCAAUUUUAUCUAGUGGCGAUGUUUUUGAACCCAGUUCAAGCAAUGCUAAGCAGAGGUCAACUUUGGUGGAAUGGUUAAACAGCGUUCUUCCGGAUUUAAGUUUGCCAAUAAAUGCUUCAGACGAAGAAUUACGAGGAUUCUUGAUUGAUGGCACUGUUCUGUGUCGAAUCCUGAACAAACUAAAACCUGGUUCAGUGACUGAGUUUAAUGGUUCUGCUCAUUCUUCACAUUCACCCAUGGGAAAUGUCCAAAAGUUUUUGUCAGCUAUGGACGAAAUGGGGCUGGCAAGAUUCCGAGCAGCAGACCUGGAAAAGGGAUCUAUGAAAAUCAUACUAGACUGCCUUUUAAAGCUUCAAACGCAAUUUACGCCAAAUGUUAGGAGAUCAAAUGGAACUGAUGCCAGUAAAAGUUGGAAACUUAUAGGAAAAUGCUUAGGGAGUCGUGAGGGUUCUCCAGGGGAAGAUCCUUUUCGAUCGCUCUCUCUUUCAUCCCCAACUUCUGAAGAGAGGCGGAGAGUCUUAUUGUCAGACUCAAAGUUUCAGCGGGCAUUAAAUAGUACCACAUUGGCAGAUUCAUCAGCUGCACUUAUAAAUCACGUCGGACACAAGUUUCAUGAAGUUUUUCAGCUCAAGCAUGUAUCUUACACGGAUCUCUCUCCUGGAAAGCUUUCAGAAAUGAUGAAAUCAAACAGUUUGGAUAAUGCCCCUACUCAAUCACUUUUAAGUGUUGUGAAUAGUAUUCUAGAUGAAAGCAUUGAGCGCAAGAAUGGGGAAAUACCUCAUCGCGUUGCUUGCCUAUUGAGAAAAGUUGUGCAGGAGAUUGAGCGACGAAUAUCUACUCAAGCAGAACACCUGAGAACGCAAAACAAUCUUUUAAAGGCCCGCGAGGACAAGUACCAAUCAAGAAUUAGAGUUCUCGAAGCCCUUGCAACAGGGACUGGUGAAGAGACACGGAGUGAGCAGAAUAAGAUCGAAGAGAGAAAGAAAGUCGAGGAGCAAGAUGCGAUAAAAUUGACGAAAGAGAAAGAUGAUCACAAUCAAGAGAUUGUGGCCUUGAAGCAAGAACUGGAAAUAGCUAGGAAAACAUAUGAACAGAAAUGUUUACAAAUGGAAACAGAAUCUACAGGAUCUCACCAAGAGCUCGAGGAGAGGUUGAAGGAACUUGGGAACCUUCUAACUGAGUCGAGAAAUAAAGUGAAAGUACUCGAAGCAAAUUCUGAAUCAAAAUUCAAACUGUGGAACAAGCAAGAACACAAUUACCGUAAAUUUACGGAAUUCCAGCUUGGUGCACUACGUGAACUCAGGACGGUAUCUCAAUCUAUCCGGCAAGAGACUGUUAGAAUAGAGAGGAGCUAUUCGGAGGAAUUCGGUCAAUUAGGGACGAGAAUGCAAGCUUUGGAAGAAGCAUCCAAAAACUAUUAUACACUUCUUGCUGAAAACCAAAAACUACAUAAUGAGCUUCAAGAACUAAAAGGAAACAUUAGGGUCUAUUGCCGGAUAAGGCCAUUUCUGCCUGGGCAGGCAGGGAAACAGUCAAUUAUUGAAUACAUUGGUGAAAAUGGUGAGCUAGAUGUUUUAAAUCCUUCCAAGCAAGGAAAAGAAGGCCGUCGUUCGUUUAAGUUCAACAAAGUGUAUGGCCCAACAGCAACGCAAGAGGAAGUAUUUGUGGAUACGCAGCCCUUGAUACAAUCAGUUUUGGAUGGAUAUAACGUAUGUAUAUUUGCAUAUGGUCAGACUGGUUCUGGGAAAACCUACACCAUGACUGGCCCUGAUGGAGCAACCGAAAAGGAUUGGGGGGUCAAUUACCGAGCUUUAAACGAUCUUUUCCGCAUUUCACAAGUUAGGAAGACUACGUUUACGUAUGAAAUUUCUGUCCAAAUGAUGGAAAUAUACAAUGAACAAUUUGUCAACUCCCCCUCUGAUGUAUUGGAACUGAUGGAUAUUGGACUAAAGAAUCGAGCUAGAAGUUCAACUGCCUUAAACGAAAGAAGCAGUAGAUCACACAGCAUUGUAACCAUUCAUGUCCGGGCUGUCGAUCACAAGAGCAAUUCUUCUUCGCGUGGCAGUCUUCAUUUAGUAGAUCUUGCAGGAAGUGAAAGAGUCGACCGUUCUGAGGUAACAGGGGAUAGACUGAAAGAGGCACAACAUAUAAACAAAUCUUUAUCUGCCCUUGGAGAUGUAAUCUCGGCAUUGGCACAAAAAAGCGCUCAUGUUCCAUAUAGAAACAGCAAGCUUACUCAAGUCCUUCAAAGUUCAUUAGGUGGCCAUGCAAAGACGCUUAUGCUUGUGCAGCUUAAUGCUGAUGUUACUUCGUGUAGUGAAUCCAUAAGUACCUUAAAAUUUGCGGAAAGAGUUUCUGGAGUUGAGCUUGGUGCCGCCAAGAGCAGCAAAGAUGGCCGGGAUGUCAGAGAAUUGAUGGAACAGGUUGCAUCUCUUAAAGACGCCAUAGGUAAAAAAGACGAGGAGAUCGAGAGGCUGCAGCUACUUAAAGAUCUCAAAAAUGUGUCCCCUUCGAUGAGGUAUGGAUCUACUUCUCCGAGCAAAAAUUCCACAGUUGGGACUCCUCAGAGAAGCUUAAAAAUGUCGAAAGGCUCGGAAAAAGCAGCUUCUAAUGAGGAAAACUACUCCGAGGGUAGUGAUAAGCAUUCUGUAAUUAGUUUACGGAAAGAAUCUCUUGGGCGGUCAAAUAGUUUAGGAUAUGGCAAUGCAGAUAAUGAAGAGAGACUUGGUGAUAAAUCUAAGAGCGUUCUUUCUAUGGGAACAAAAACUGAAGGAAGCAGUCUUUUUCCGGAGGAAGCAAAACCGGCAAAAAAUAAUGAUUUACCUAAAUCAGCAGCUAGAACUCUGUGA